AACAAAUGUUGCUUGCAAAUGUUCGUGACUUCGUGUGGUCCCUAGUGAGGGCUGGAGCGAAACCGCCCGCUGUCUCGCGUCCGUCAGACAGCACGCACAGACGCAGGCGGGCGACGCACGGCAGUGUUGCCAAUGGACUCGCGCUGCCCCCAUCUGCUACUGCUCCUCCCUCUCCUCCUCUUGGCCGCCCUCCUGCCCCCGCCGUCGUCGGGGGUGCCGGAGGUCAUCUGGCUGCCGACGAGCGGGGGAGCGGGGCCCUUGUCCUGCGCGCCGCCGGACCCCGCCGUGUACGACCGCCCCGUCAUCGGCAUCGUCUCGCACCCAGGGGACGGUGCGGGCGGCAGGAUCAGCAACACCACCGCGACCUCCUACAUCGGCGCCUCCUACGUCAAGUUCGUCGAGGCCGCCGGCUCGCGCGUCAUCCCACUCGUCUACAACGAGCCCGAAGACCGCCUCCUCGAGAAAUUGAGUUUGUUGAAUGGAGUGCUGUUCACUGGUGGGUCAGAGAAGGAAGGUGUAUAUUUUGACACGAUAAAAAGAGUAUUUCAGUAUGUUUUGGACAAGAAUGAUGCAGGUGAACCAUUUCCUUUGUUUGCCCAAUGUCUUGGCUUUGAGCUUGUAAGCAUGAUUGUCAGCAAGGACAAUAAUAUCUUGGAGGCAUUUGACGCCCAGGAUCAAGCAUCAACUCUUCAGUUUCCCAGCUAUGCUUUGGAGGGUUCAGUUUUUCAAAGGUUUGACACUGACCUCAUCAAGAAAGUCAGCACCAACUGUCUUGUCAUGCAAAAUCACAGAUAUGGUAUAUCACCAAGGCGAUAUCGAGAGAACGAUGCACUAUCAAGUUUCUUCAAAAUCUUGACUACAUCACCUGAUGAAAACGGCAAGGUCUAUGUCUCAACUGUACAAGCCAAUAAUUAUCCAAUCACUUGCACGCAAUGGCAUCCUGAGAAAGCCAUUUUUGAGUGGAGGAAACCAAUGAUCCCACACAGCGAAGAUGCAGUACAGGUUACUCAACAUUUUGCCAAUCAUUUUAUCAGCCAAGCACGCAAGUCUCCAAACAGGCCUCCUGCCGACAAAGUGCUGGAUAACUUAAUUUACAACUACAGUCCGACAUUUACCGGGAAAAAAUCGAAAUCGUUUGAGGAGGUCUACAUCUUCUCCUGAGACUGGAUUGAACGCCUGAGUGUCUUCAGGAAUCUGUAGUUCUGCACUACAUUGCUAUUGUAGUGUAACCGUGCAUUAGUAUUACCCGUGGUACCAGAAGUUGUAUUUGUAUAGAUUCGUUGGACUGCCUGUAUUGCAGUAACCUUUCCACCGUAUGGGUGGCUCUAUAGAAUGCCUAUAAGCAGCGCAAUAAUAAUGAUAAUGUAAGACUGAAAAAAAAUACUUGUAUGGAGAUUUUCUGAAUUUAAAAGUUUCUCCAAA